AUGCUUGAUCAUAACGCGGAUGUAACUCAUGCGCAUGCCCACAAUGAUCCACACAAUCGACCUUAUCCACCACUUCAGCUCACAGCUGGACGUCAUUUUCCAGAUAUUGAUUUAGACAAGCUCGCACGCAUUACUCGUUUGCCGAGCAUUCGAGACGACAUCGCACUCAUUCAGAUGAUCCGUAUGGCAUCGUUAGAUGAUACGGUCUCUAGACUUGACCCAGAGACACUAGAUCGCAUUCGAAAUCCUCGUUGCCAGCCUCUCCCGCCAUUGAGUCCGACAUUGGAUCUUGCCAUCACCACUUAUCUGGCGCUAGAACACUCCUCUAGGCGCUCGUACGAAGACAUACGGCGAGGACUACAGAGAACGCUUAAAUGCGAGCUUCCAUCUUUUCAUUCCAUAGAAAAGUCAAUCGCCGAGCUCACAGGCGUUGAAGCCAUCGAAAACGACAUGUGCUGGGAUUCGUGCAUGGGUUUUACUGGGCCGGAUGCGCACCUUCAAGCAUGUUCUCGUUGUCAUAAACCCAGAUACGACCAAGACCUUCUUAAUAGAACCGGUGGCAAGAUACGCAAGUCCCGCACAUUUCUCACGUAUCCUCUGGCGACACAAGUCCAGGCAGCGUUCGGUGACUGGGAUAGUGCCAAAGACCUUAGUUAUCGUGUCGAGAAGACGCAUGAGUUCCUUGAUCGGUUGUUCAAAGAUAAGACACAGAUUUCUUCCUUUGAAGACUAUAUCCAUGGUACCGAUUAUCUUGAGGGUGUUCUAGACGGCAAGAUACAGGAUAACGACAUUUCUGAUGUGACAAUCUACGUCUGGAUUUUACUCGAUUACUCCCCCGAUAAGUGUUACAAGAAGAAGCGCGUGCUCAUUGGAGGCGUUAUCCCCGGGCCUAACAAGCCAUCAAACAUCGAGUCAUUCUUAUUUCCAGGGUUUCAUCAUCUCUCUGCUCUUCAACGGGAAGGCCUACAGGUAUGGAACGCAUACCAGAACACCAAGUAUCUAUCUCGUAUACACCACCUCUUCCCACUGGCUGACGCACAAGGCCUCAUAUACUACAACGCAUUGCUUCGUCCUCAGGGCUCCUACCACGUCCUAGGAUGCGAUCACAAUGACAUUCCCUUGGCCUCUAUUCCGCAGCCUGCCUGUGCAGAUUACUCUGUCAACCUCGAGCAUCUCGUAUCAUCCACAAGUAUCACCGAUUACGAAAGGCGCCGCAAAGACACUGGUAUUGUCAAACCUCCGAUUCUUCUAGGGCUUCAGCCUGAGCAUACACUCCCUAUCCCUCGCUGCAUGACUGUCGACAUGAUGCAUGAAAUCGGCAACUUGUUCUCCUUCCUUGUUACUCUUUGGCGUGGUGAAUCGGCUUCUUUGGGCGACCGGCCAGAGCUCUGGAACUUUUCAGUCUUCCUGGACUCGGACGUCUUCAAGGCACACGGGAAAGAUGUCGCUGAUUGUGGCAGGCAUCUCUCUGCUGAGCACGAACGCAUGCCCCGUGAUCUGUACGAUAAACGGCACUCGCAGUACAAGAUGAUCGAAUGGGAGACUUAUGGUCUCGGCUACUCACCAGCACUGCUCUAUGAAGUUCUACCAGAGAACUAUUGGCGACAUCUUUGCAAACUCGUUCGAGCUCUGAGGCUACUUUGUCAGUAUCAGAUCUCUCGAGAAGAUCUUGAAGAGGCAGAUCGUCUCCUGUCUUCUUGGGUCAUGCAAUUCGAGGAGCUGUACUAUGAGCAACGGGAAGAUCGCCUACAUUUUGUGCGCCACAUUAUUCAUCAACUUACUCACUAUGCUUCUGAGGUAUACGCCAAAGGUCCGCCUAUCAUAUAUGCGCAGUGGACGAUGGAGCGCACUAUCGGCAAUCUGGGGAGGGAAAUCCGCCAGCCGUCUCAUAUUUACGAGAAUCUAUCGCGCGAAGCCUUGCGUCGAUGCCAGGUGAAUGCUCUGAAGUUGUUAAUACCAGAGCUUGAUCCCAGCGAAUCACCACCUACACCCCGUGUGUGCGAGGAUCUUGGCGAUGGCUUCAUGCUACUGCACACAAAAUCCAGAUACGAUACAGUUCCACAAGGCGUUUUCUAUAAUGCUAUCACCAGAUAUCUGGGCGAAGGACUCGACCCGCGUCGUUGCUAUCGGUGGGGGAGACUCAAGCUUCCUAAUGGCCAAGUUGCUCACUCUGCAUGGCGAGAGCGCUUGCGGACCGUGGAAGAUACAAGGAUAUCUCGAAAUGUCAAAUUCCUUGAUGGUAUCAAGACCAGGAUAGGCAAAGUCGAUCACUACACACACCUAGCCUACAGUACGAUCGACAAGCAGGGAAACCGAGUUAUACAUCGUGACGGUGUGGCUCUUAUCUGUCCUUAUUCUGUCCCAGAUGGCGACCUCCUAGAUCUAUCUGUUGGUGCGCUCUGCACAUGCGCUCUGCUCCCUGAAUCGGACACACUUGCCAUCAAUGUCAAGCAGAUAACAAGCCUCGUUGCCAUGAUUCCGCAUUGCCCAACUAUCCCCUCCACCAACAAAGAAGACGAACAGUUUUUCCUGUUCGAAAAACCGGGAUUUGAUGUGACAAGGUUUGUAGACAACGAUGACUCUAUUCUAGAUGAUGAAGCUGAGGAUGAAGAAAGCGGCAAUGCACCAUAG